UCUUGUAGCAAGUUCAAUAAGAUUAAAUAUAAUUUAUUGCGUUAGAAAAAUGCGUUUCUUUAAUAUUACUGCUAUUUUAUUGGUGGGCGCUUGUGGCUUAGUUGCGGGCCAUUACAGUUAUCAUGGUGAUGCUGGCUAUGCAGGUUACGGUGGUCAUAGCAAGGAAGUUGGCUACGCGGUAGUUACUGAACAUGGUCAUGGUGGUGGUUAUGGUGGUGGUCACGGUGGUGGGCAUGAUGGUGGUCAUGAUGGUGGUCAUUAUGCUGCUGGCGGACACGGUGAUGGUCAUUCUCACUCUAUUAGCCACUAUGGUGGUCAUGAUGAUGGUCACUAUGGUGGUCACUAUGGUGGUCACGGUGAUGAUGGUCACGAUUAUCAUGCUUAUCCCAAAUAUGACUUCAGUUAUGGCGUUAAGGAUACAAAAACUGGUGACAUCAAAAGUCAUUCGGAAUCACGAGAUGGUGGUAAUGUCAAGGGCAGCUAUAGCCUUAAGGAAGCUGAUGGUACCACCCGUGUUGUAGAAUAUUCUGCCGAUAAACACAAAGGUUUCAAUGCUAUUGUUCAUACUUUGGGUCAUGCUUCUGGUGGUCAUGAUGCUGGUCACUACUAUGGUCACGAUGAUGAUUAUGGUCAUGGUUACGGUCAUGGAUAUGGACAUGGUUAUGGUCAUGCUUCGAGUUAUAUUUUUGUCCAGAAACAGGAAGGAAAGAAACAUUAGUGAAACACUAAACUCUAUUUGAAUUUAUAAUUGAAA